AUGGUGAAAAACGUUUUGUUGCUUGGAUCUGGGUUUGUUGCCCAACCUGUUGUGGAUGUUCUGGCAGCAUCUGAAGGCAUCAAUGUAACUGUUGCCUGUAGAACUUUGGCGAAGGCGCAGGAGCUGGCUUCUGCGUCAAAUUCGGCUGCUAUUUCUGUGGAUGUGACCAAGGAUGAAGAAUUGGAUGCAGCCUUGUCAAAGCACGAUCUUGUGAUUUCGUUGAUUCCAUACAUUUACCACGCUGCUGUGGUCAAGAGUGCCAUCAGGCUCAAGAAAGACGUUGUGACCACAUCGUACGUUUCUCCAGCUUUGAAAGAGCUGGAACCUGAAAUCAAAAAGGCUGGUAUCACUGUUAUGAACGAGAUAGGGUUGGAUCCAGGUAUCGACCACUUAUACGCUAUCAAGACCAUCGACGAAGUUCACAAGGCCAAUGGUAAAAUAAAGUCAUUUUUGUCUUACUGUGGUGGCCUGCCAGCUCCUGAAAACUCAGACAAUCCAUUGGGUUACAAAUUCUCCUGGUCUUCUAGAGGUGUACUAUUGGCCCUGAGAAACCAAGCCAAAUUCUGGAAAGACGGUAAGGUUGAAGAAGUUUCGUCUGAAGACCUCAUGGCUUCUGCCAAACCGUACUUCAUCUUCCCCGGGUUUGCUCUCGUCUGCUACCCAAACAGAGACUCCACUCCUUUCAAGGACCUGUACGAAAUUCCAGAAGCUGAGACCGUCAUUAGAGGUACUCUGAGAUUCCAGGGAUUCCCAGAGUUUGUCAAAGUUCUUGUCGACGUCGGUAUGCUCAAGGACGAGGAAAACGAAAUAUUCCAAAAGCCUAUUGCUUGGAACGAAGCUCUACACCAAUACUGGGGCAGCAAAUCUGCUUCCAAGGAGGACCUGAUAGCCUCGAUCGACUCCAAGACCAAAUGGGUCACCGAGGAGGACAGAGAAAGAAUCAUCAAUGGGUUUGGCUGGUUGGGUCUUUUCUCCGAUAACAAGAUAACACCAAAGGGCAACGCUUUGGACACCCUAUGCGCUACGUUAGAAGAGCUAAUGCAAUUCGAAGAAGGCGAGCGCGACAUGAUCAUCUUGCAACACAAAUUCGGAAUCGAAUGGGCAGAUGGCUCCAAUGAGACCAGAACUUCAACCUUGGUUCUCUACGGUCAGCCUGGUGGUUACAGCGCUAUGGCUGCAACCGUCGGUCUACCAUGUGCCAUUGCCACGAAACAAGUUCUGAGCGGCGUCAUCAAGAGCCCCGGUCUUGUCGUUCCAUACACUCCUGAGAUCAACGAUCCAAUCAUGAAGGAAUUGAAGGAGAAGUACGGUAUCUUCCUCACGGAAAAGACAAUCAAUUAG